UGAAGAUGAGGAUGUUCAUUUGCAGUCUGCUGUUUGUGUUGGGAGGAGAUGUUCUCCUGGCCUGCUCUCUGAAGAACUACACGCUGUAUGUGGAGAGACACGAGUGCGGUCACUGCAUGGCUGUUAACACCACCAUGUGCAGCGGAAUGUGCUUCACACAGGACACAAACGUGCGAGGAUUUGAGGGCAAGCGUUUCCUGAUUCAGAGAGGAUGCAUGCAUCAUUCUCUGGUCUAUCAUUCUGCUAAGAUGCCCGGCUGUCCCGUCCACACUGACCCGCUCUUCUUUUAUCCGGUGGCACGCCGGUGCCGCUGCACAAAAUGCAACACUACCAAGAACGAGUGUGUCUACAAGCCAAAACACACUCCCAGCAAAUGCUCCGAGCAACUGUGUGCCAUCUGAAAUCAAUCGACCAGGGGCUGCCCUCCUCACUAUAAUUUCCCUCUGAUUUCCUUUUUUUCCCUCUUAAUGUUUUGGUAACAUUUCUUAAUGUUUUAU